UAAAUGAUAAUCAAUUCAUAUGGAUAACUGAAUAGAUUGAAUAAAUAUAAGUUUUUGAAAAAUAUGAAAAUAUUUAUAAAGAAGACUUAAAUAAAUGUUUGCAACUAAUUGAUGAUGAUUAUAAUUGGGAUGAAAGUCUAUUCCCAAUAAUUUACAACAUUUAAAAGAAUAUUAUUGUAUUAAGAUAAAAAAGAUAUAUUUAUUUUAUUAGACAAACUGAAAAUGGGUAUCUUAAAAUUAUUAAAGAUUUAAAUUGCGAUUAUGCAUCAAUUUAUGGUACAAUUACAGAUGAUGGAUUAUAUUUGAUUAUAUGGAAUUAUAAAUCAGAUAAGUAUUUAAUUUAUGAAUUAUAAUAUAAAUGAAUAAUAGUUGGUAUGUUUUCCAAUUUUAUUUUCAAUUUUAAUACAAAUAUUAGAAUUAAAUAACUAAUUGGAAAGAUAUUUAUUUAAUUAUUUAUUAUUAUAUUACUAAAUAAAUUAUAAUUAUGUAAUCAAUUUAAAACAGAAU